AUGUUUGCUAGAAUUGCUAGAAUUAAUCCUAAAAUUUUACCAUUUGUAAUUGGUGCACCAACAAUUGCAUUAUGUAGUUAUUACUACUCCUCUGGUGCUUUCUUAAGAAAUGAAAGUUCCAAAGUUUUCAUUGGUGAUAACAAUUGGAUCGAUUUGCCAAUUUCUAGGAUUGAAGAGAUUUCCCAUGACACCAAGAGAUUCACUUUUAAGUAUCCAAGUCAAGAUUCAGUUUCCGGUUUAGUUGUUGCUUCUGCUUUGUUAACUAAGUUUGUCACUCCAAAGGGUUCUAACGUCAUUAGACCUUAUACUCCUGUUAGUGAUGUUGAUGAAAAAGGUAGUUUGGAUUUAGUUAUUAAACAUUAUCCAGAUGGUAAGAUGACUAACCACAUCUUCUCUUUGAAGGUUAACGAUACUUUGUCUUUUAAAGGUCCAAUUCCAAAGUGGAAAUGGGUUCCAAACUCUUUCGAAUCUAUUACUUUAAUUGGUGGUGGUACUGGUAUUACUCCUUUGUACCAAUUGAUCCAUGCUAUUACUAAAAAUCCAAAUGAUAAGACUAAGAUUAGGUUAUUCUACUCCAACAAGACUUCCCAAGACGUUUUGAUGAAGAAGGAAUUAGACGAAUUGCAAGCCAAAUAUCCAGAUCAAUUGAGGAUUACUUAUUUCAUCACUACUCCAGAUAAAGGUUACAAAGGUGAAUCAGGUUUCAUUUCUAAGGAAUUCAUCGCUAGUAAUGCUGAUAAACCAUCUCCAAAGUCUCAUGUGUUCGUCUGUGGUCCACCGCCAUUCAUGAACGCCUACUCUGGUGACAAGAAAUCCCCAACUGACCAAGGUGAAUUGGUAGGUAUCUUGAAGGAAUUGGGUUAUACUAUUGAUCAAGUCUACAAAUUUUAA